AUGGAACCCCGAGAGCAUAUUUACUUGCCCCUGGACAAGACCAAAAAAAGUAUCAGAUUACUGCAAAUCAAUCCACCGCAGCCGAACAAUGACUCUCUCACAUGUACCCUGACACCUUUCAUCGUGGACGAAAAAUGCCCUCCCUAUAUUGCACUCUCAUACACUUGGGGCAGAAAGCCGCCCAAGCACGAAAUACAGGUGAAUGGCCACACCUUUCAAGUCAGACCCAACUUGUUGUCAGCCCUGCGUCAGUUACCGGACUGCAAGGAGAGAAUCAACGCCAGCUAUUUUUGGAUCGAUGCUAUCUGCAUCAACCAAACGGACACGAGCGAACGAAACCACCAAGUCGCCAUGAUGAGAGAUAUCUAUCGGCGCGCAACGGCUGUAUUUGCAUGGUUAGGACCGGGGUUUCCUGAUUCGGACCUGGCCAUGGAAGCUUUGCGACAUAACGAGUCAGUGCUAAAGAAAGUGGCAGAGCCAGCUACCGCACGCUCAAGAUUAGCCUUGAAUAAAUUAUUCAAUAACCCUUAUUUUACGCGCUUAUGGGUAGUCCAAGAAUUCAUCUUGGCAAAAGAUCUCUGGAUUCUCUGUGGAGCUCAGAUGUGCACUUGGACUCAGUUCCGAACAACUUUAUUCUGGAAAUCACAAACCCAUUUAGUUCGUGAACUUAUUCAGGCUAAAGCCAGGGAUCUUGCCACCGUCGGUAUUUUAUCCAGAUCUACUCUACCUCUAGGGUUCCUCGAGGCGAUAUCAAGGUUCAGUUUCAGAGACUGCUCGGAGGUCAGGGAUAAAGUAUACGGACUCCUCGGCAUCAUCCCUCAAUGCGAUGUUCACUUCGUCGAAGUCGACUAUGACAUAUCAGUGGAGAGGUUAUUUUUCUUAACGGCCAAUUGGCAACGUGCAGUCAACAGUUGGCUAUGGGUCGAGCCUCAGACGGGCAAACACUAUCUUUAUGAUAGUCUGGGCAAGCUGCUACAGGUCAACAGUGAGAUAGUCUAUGCCCAGAAACUAAUGGACCAGGUGGUAGCAUAUAUUACGUAUCGAGGAAUCCCUGAGCCCUGGCCGACGUCGUCACCUCAUGGCCUGAAAUGGUCGAUGGAAUAUUUCGAAAAACAAGCUUACAGCUUAUUGAAGUUGGCGAAGAUUGAUAUUGAUGGAUCUAUCAGUUUGGACGAGGCUUUUGAGUGUCUGAUGCAAGACCCCAAGAUUUCUGGGGGCCUUGACGAUCCAGCGGGUUGGCGAGCAUAUGAAUCCGAGAUAAAGGCUGCAUUGAGAUUAAUCAACGGCGAAAGCUGGGAAGAUAUUGGCCCUAUGUUUACACAAAAGGGUUUUGAAGAGACGAUUGCUCAGGAGUGGAGAAACAGGGCGCGUCGACAGAGUGAAGAUGGGUUGUAUGCGAGGAUGAUGCAGGAUAAGCUGGAGAAAGGUCCUCGUAAGCCUCGGGAUAGGAUCAUUACUGAUGCGGCGUUUGACUACUGUAUUGAAGAGUUGCGUGGAAAGGCAAAAUACUUCAAGCAGUCAGAUCUCAUCCCGACUCUUGAUGGACCUGGCAACACGAUCUUCAAGUCACAUUCGUUAAGCAACGAGACUUCUCAUCGUGUCCUCAAUAGAGCGUGCUAUACCCUUUGGAAGGAUCAAGAAGAUUAA